CUACUCAUAUGGGUCCUUUCAAUCUGUUUCCACGUUUCGCCUGCUGUUCAUCAUCAAUCACCAAAAAAACCUUUACCCCGUUUUCUCAAUUGCAUCUGUCCAAAAGCGCGACUACUCGCCCACUCGUCCACCGCCAGGCUUACCCGCCGUGGUCACAGUCUCGCACAAUGAUCCGGUCGCCACAGAGUGCCAUACGUGACGACCUCGCCCAGCUGCCCGAGAUCAAGAGGUGGGGAUGGGUCAUCUACCGCUGCACCUACGGCGACGACGCCACGUGGGCCAAGUUCCGCGAUCGCGUCGAGGCCCACUCGCGCAAGCGUAUUGCGCAGUCAGAUGCGCCUGAGAUUGCGGAGCGCCUGGAAUGGACGUGGGUUGAAGAUGCGUCCGCGCUGGACGGAGCCUCGACCGCGGCGCUGCGGGAGCGGUUCCGCGCAUGGACUGCGGACGAAGUCGCGCGACAGCCUGGAAACUACCAGCCGACCGUCAUCCCACGCUUCAGGUACUUCAUCAAGAUUGACCAGGAGGUGCUGGAUAGCUUGGAGGAGUCUAUUUCUCGCGAAACGCACUGGUCCGACGACGCUUUUGUCAAGUUUGUGGAUGGCAAUUGGGAGCCGUUGGCCGAGAGCCAGCAAGAUGGAGAGCAAGAGGAUGACGGGUGGGAGAAAGAGGUUUUGGAGCCGAUUGAGGGUUGCACAGAAGAAGAUGUCGGAUGGAUGCGCAUCGCGCCUCACAUGAUCAAUGCGGACUUCUACGACGUGUUGAGCGGUGAUGAAAACCAGUGGAUCACAUUCUACGAACGCUCGCCCAGUAUCGUUCAGUACUAGGCUUUUGCCGCGGAACUCAGCGCAUGAUGCUCUACUUCGUGGUCGAGAAUCCUCGUAUGAUGGAGAAACCACCAAGGAGUUCAGGGCAGGAGCAGCGUCAUGGAAUGGAAGUGCAUGGGUUGCGCGACCAGCUUGGAUCAUGGGUUGUGGCUAUUUUUCCCAUCUGCUACAAUUUGUCACGACUCAAAGACCAAGUCAAAAAGUUACUUCGAAGUGGAUAGUGCUCUACAGCCUUCAGAACACCCCGGUUAUCAAUCCCCAGCAUUUCAAGUCGAACUAGGCAG